GCACUCACUAUAUCUGGUCUCCCACAGUACACAGAACAUGGAAAUGCAAUUAGUUUAGUUAUUAUUAAACUGCUAAAUACCUUUUCUCAUCAGCAGUUAGAGCAGUCUUGUGACUUCUAUCAGUGUCUGGCUGAGCACUGAGUUUUCAUUCUGCUCUGACUGUCCUAUGAAGCUGCAUAACCCCUGACCCUCUAUCUGGGCAAUGCUGAUUGGCCCUGUGCUGAUCACAUGCACCCUCCCAAAGAACAAAAUACUCUCUAGCAAUACACACUAAACUGAUCAU